GAAGCAAUUAUUCAGAACCAUUUCUUUCCACUUCUCUCAGAGAUUUUUUAAAAAUUUUCUUUUCUUGUACUUCAGUGUUGCCCGGUGGACUGACUGCGGGAGCUCAGCACGAGAAUAAAAAGGCUACUCUCAUCUAAACAAGUUCACUCUAAAUUUUCAACUCCUGCUCCUCACAUACCUGAAACAUAACCUUGGUGGCAUCCACUCAAGAUGGGGACAAGAGGAAUGGUUUUAGGCUGCUUGGCCGUCAUUCUUUUACAGCUCGUAGAUGCUGGGCUAAUCAAGAAGUUGAUCCGGCACCAGAGGGAGACCCUGGCGCCACUUGCCAACACCCAGGCAAAUGUUAAUACUACUAUUCCCAGCUCAAACAGGCCUGUGGUGUUCAACCAUGUGUACCGAAUCAACGUCCCUGCAAGUGCACUGUGCUCCGUCGAUCUGGAGGCCCCUGCCAGCUCAGAGCUCCAACCUCCAACCACCCAAACUACCGAGCACACCCUGGACAGCGAUAACCAAAUUGUCUUCACCCACCGCAUCACCAUCCCUCGGCAGGCAUGCGCCUGUUCUGACAGCCUCCCUGACCUGAAGGAGCUUAUGAACCGACUGGAGGUACUGGAGGAGGAGGUGUCCACAUUGAGGGACCAGUGUUCUACUGGAACAGGCUGCUGUGGAGCCCAUGUCACAGGGGAAUUGGGCACCAAGCCCUAUUGCAAUGGGCAUGGUAAUUACAGCAUUGACACCUGCAGCUGCAUCUGUGAGCCUGGGUGGAAGGGACCCAACUGCUCUGUUCCAGCAUGCCCCAAUGACUGCCAGGACCAGGGGCGCUGUGUGGACGGCGUGUGUGUCUGCUUUGACAGCUUCACUGGACCAGACUGUAGUGUGGCGACGUGCCUUGUGGAUUGUGGUGAAAACGCCAAAUGCAUUGAUGGGGUCUGUGUUUGUGCCGAUGGCUAUACCGGGGAGGACUGCUCACAGACUGCUUGCCUGAACAACUGCUUGGGCCGGGGCCGCUGCGUGGAUGGCGAUUGCAUUUGCAAGGACCCCUGGACGGGCUUAGACUGCUCUGAGCUCAUUUGCCCCAACGAUUGCUAUGACCGAGGCCGCUGCAUCAACGGGACCUGCCACUGUGACAAGGGCUUCACCGGGGAAGACUGUAGCGAGCGUAGCUGUCCAGGAAACUGCAACGGCCGUGGCAUCUGCGUGGGAGGCCGAUGCAUGUGCAGCACAGGCUACACAGGUGAUGACUGCUCCACAUUGACCUGCCCCAACAACUGCAACGGAAGAGGCCGCUGCUCCAACGGCAUGUGCAUCUGCAACUCGGGGUACCAAGGGGAGGACUGUGGACAACUGGCCUGUCUGAACAAUUGCAACAACAGGGGACAAUGCAUCAAUGGACAGUGCACCUGUGACAUUGGGUUCCAAGGCGAGGACUGCUCUGAAAUUUCUUGUCCCAAUGGCUGCCUGAACCGGGGCCGCUGUGUCAAUGGACAGUGCGUGUGCCAGGAGGGCUUCACCGGGGAAGACUGUAGCAUCCGGACAUGCCCCGGUGACUGCUAUGGCCAGGGAAACUGUGUUGACGGUAGCUGUGUGUGCUAUGCUGGCUUCACAGGGCAGGACUGCAGUGAGCUAACCUGCCCCAACAACUGCCACAACAACGGGCGAUGCGUCUAUGGCCAAUGCAUCUGCAAUGAAGGCUUCAUUGGAACUGACUGCCGUGACAAAACCUGCCCCAACUUUUGCAUGGGCCGCGGUCACUGUGUGGAUGGCCAGUGUGUCUGCUGGGAGGGAUAUGGUGGAGAAGAUUGCUCUGAGCUUGCCUGUCCAAGAAACUGUAACAACAAGGGGCGAUGCAUUGGUGGAAGGUGCCACUGCGAUGAAGGUUUUGUGGGGGAUGACUGCAGGCAGCUCGGGUGCCCCAACCACUGCAGCGGCCAGGGUCACUGCAAGGAUGGACAGUGCAUCUGUGAUGAGGGUUAUGUGGGAGAAGACUGCUCUGAAGUCUCUCCACCGAAAGACCUGACCGUGACCAAGGUCAACCCGGAGACAAUGAACCUCACAUGGAGCAAUGACAAGAUGGUGACAGAGUACUUCAUUAGCUACAUGCCCACCUCCCCUGGAGGACUGCAGAUGGACUUCCGUGUGCCUGGAGACAGGAAGUCAGCCAUCAUUGAUGAACUGGAGCCAGGCAUCGAGUACCUGGUCAACGUCUAUGCCAUUCUGAACAACAAGGAGAGUGUCCCUAUUAGUGCCAGGGUUGCAACACAUCUGCCCACACCAGAAGGCCUGAAGUUCAGAUCUGUGAAGGAUACCUCAGUGGAGGUGCUCUGGGACCCCUUGAGCAUCCCCUUUGACGGCUGGAAUCUCACAGUCAGGAACACAAAGGAGGAGAAUGGGCAGAUUCAGACCACUCUGCCACGUGAGAAGACUCGGUUUGAGCUGUCAGGCCUAGGCCCUGGCCAGGAGUAUGAAGUCAAGUUGGGGGUAUUGAAGAACAACACCAGCGGGCCCCCGGCAGUGAAGAAGAUCAAGACCAAGAUUGACGCUCCCAGGCAGGUGGAGGUCCGUGAUGUUACAGACUCCAGCGCACUGGUCACCUGGUUCCCUCCUGAGGCUCGGGUCGACGGGGUCACCAUCUCUUACGGGCCAAGCAACAACCCAUCAGAGAGGCACUCCGUGGACCUCUCCCCUACAGACACUCAGUACCACCUGACAAACCUGAAACCCAAUACAGAGUACCGUAUAUCCAUGACUUCAAAACGGGGUGGACUGACAAGUGGUCCUGCCCUGCGCACCUUCAACACAGACCUGGAUGCCCCUCGGGACCUCAAGAAGGUGGGACAGACAGACAGGACCAUAACUCUGGAGUGGACAAAUAGUGAGACAGAUGUGGACAAGUACCGCGUGAAAUAUGGCCCCAUUUCGGGGGGUCCACACACAGAGGUGCUAUUUCCCAGGGGACCCGGGAACACCACCAAGGCCACCAUCACUGGUCUGAGGCCUGGGAUGGAGUAUGGCAUCGGAGUGACGGGCGUGAAGAGAGACCGUGAAAGCUUGCCUGCUACCAUCAAUACAGCCACAGACCUAGAUGCACCCAGAGACCUGGAGCUAAGCGAUUCAUCAGAGACCAGCCUCACCAUCAACUGGAGGAGACCACGGGCCAAGAUUGAUCACUACAGGUUGAACUAUGUCUCAGCUGACAGCCCGCAAGAGGAGGUAGUGGUGCCAGGUGAUGCCACAUCAUACACCAUAAACAGCCUGAACCCAGGCAUGCAAUACAACAUCUCCCUGGUGGCAGAGAGGGGAAGACAGAAGAGCAACCAAGCUACACUUUCUGCAUCCACAGAGAAUGAGGCAGAGCCACUGGUGAUGAACCUCACGGUCUCCGAUGUGACGUGGGGCAGUUUCCACCUGUCCUGGAAUGCAACUGGUGUGGUGGCGUUUGAUGGCUUUCUCAUUGAGGUCGCAGAUUUGGAGGGUACCACUGAGAGCCAAAACCACACACUCUCCGGUGACACUUGGAGUUUGGGCAUAACCCAUCUGAGCCCCAACACUUCAUACCGUAUUUCUCUACGUGGGUUAUACCGGGGGUCCCUCUUAGAGGCGACCCUCUCCGAAGCUACCACAGAGGCCGAACCUGAAGUGGAUCACCUUUUUGUUUCGGACAUCACCUCUGAAAGUUUUCGGCUGGCAUGGACCGCUGAAGACGACAUCUUUGAUCGAUUUUUAAUAAAAGUCAGGGAUUCCAAAAAGAUUGCACAUCCAAAGGAGAUCAGUGUUUCUGGUGCAGCGAGAACCAAGAUCAUAAAGGGUCUCAGCGGAGGCACCGAGUACGACAUUGAACUGUACGGAAUGACUCUGGAACGACGUUCCCAGCCAGUGAUGGGUGUAGCUAGAACAGGUCUUGGGUCCGUAAGAGGCAUCAGCUUCUCAGAUGUCACCAAUUCCUCAGCCAAGGUGAACUGGAACAAGCCCCGUAACCCAGUGGACAGCUAUCGAGUCAUCUAUGUCCCGCAGGGGGGAGGAAAUCCGUUGACCGUGAUCGCAGAUGGGUCAGUUACCGAAGUUCAGCUUCCCAAUCUGACCCCUGGAGUGACCUACGAGGUGACCGUUGUCACUGUCAAGGGCCUGGAGGAGAGUGACCCUGCCUCUAAAACUGUGACCGCAGCUUUGGAUAAGCCCCGUGGACUGACUGCCGUCAAUGUCACUGACAGUAAGGCCCUGCUGCUGUGGCAACCCGUCAUUGCCAACGUGGACGGCUAUGUCAUCGCCUACAGUUCGGACUCAGCGUCCCCCACUGUGGAGCAAGUGUCUGGGAACACCGUGGAGUUUCAGAUGACCGGUCUGACGCCAGCCACCAAGUACUCGGUCAGCGUCCGCUCAGUGAAGGGUGGGCAGAACAGUGAUGCUGCCAACACUGAGUUCACCACUGGCAUGGAUGCUCCCCGUGACUUGAAGGUGGCCAACAUCCAGGCAGAGAGCGCCGUGCUUACGUGGACACCGCCACGCUCCAGCAUCGAAGGCUACAUCCUGAAAUACGAGACACCUGACGGCACUUUGAGGGAAGUUGCCCUGAACCCUGAAGCCACCACCUACACUUUGACGCCCCUCAACUCUUCCACUCGAUACGUGGUACGACUCCAGGCCAAUGUCGGGCCAAAUAAGAGCCGGCCUGCUGGUGUCACAUUCACGACUAGUGAUAUGUUAUACAACCACCCGAAGGACUGCUCCCAGACCCUGCUCAACGGAGAUACCUCCACUGGUCAGUAUAUCAUCUACCUGGGAGGACAAGAGAAUCAGCCAUCCCAGGUGUUCUGCGACAUGACUACCGACAGUGGUGGAUGGAUUGUAUUCCUUAGGCGCCGGAAUGGAAAAGUAGAUUUCUACAGGAACUGGAAGAACUACACAGAAGGUUUCGGAGACCCAGAAGAUGAGUUUUGGCUUGGCCUUGAAAAACUCCACAAGAUCACAUCCUCCGGCCAGUACGAACUCCGAGUAGAUCUCCGUGACCAAGGGGAGUCCGUCUAUGCCCUGUAUGACAGCUUCAGUGUCCUCGACGCCCGCAGCCGCUACAGAGUCCGAGUGGGAAGAUACAGCGGCACUGCUGGUGAUUCCAUGACGUACCACCACGGCCGUCCUUUCUCCACCUACGACAAAGAUAAUGAUAUUGCGGUAACCAACUGUGCCCUGUCCUACAAGGGUGCUUUCUGGUACGAGAACUGCCAUCGCGUCAAUCUCAUGGGAAGAUAUGGUGAUAACAGCCACAGUAAGGGUGUCAACUGGUACCACUGGAAAGGCCACGAACAUUCAAUUGAGUUUGCAGAAAUGAAGAUCAGGCCAGUGAAUUUUCGGAACUUAGAAGGCAGAAGGAAGAGAUCGUAGACCAGCAUUUUCACCACACUAAUCUCAGCCGGAAAAAUCACUCAAACCCUCCCAACCACCACCACGGCCACCAUUGAGAGCACAAAUUUGGGCGGCCGAUCAUUCAAUGCUCCACUUCCUCCAAAGCAAAGUCCCUCCAAAAAGACAUCAUCACCAGUGAAAACUACUGAAGCUGUCAUAGACUUGUGCUGUCUGGCAUGAGAUACCCACAAGCAUUGACAUAUUUGGAAAAAAGAAAAUCUCUGGUGCAAUAUGGUGGUUAAAAUUUUUAUGACUAUACUGUAACAAGACAUCUAAAAAGAGGAGCUCAGGAGCUUUACUUCUUAAUUCUGAUUUUAUCAUCAAGGUUUGUUUGUUGAAUGAUUGUCACUCACAGUAACUUUUGUUCCUGUUUUUGAGGGCAAGAAAUACAUGUUAAUUUUUUUUUUUAAAUGAUUUGCACCAAGAGCUUUUCAAAUUGCUUCUUAUCGGUUUCAAUUCCUUGCUGUUUUUAUGCAGUAUUCCGCCCCCCCCCAACUCUUAGUGGAAGUUUCUGGAA